GGUUAGUUGCACAGUGUGACAAGAGUGGCGGUGACAAUGGCCAAGUCGGUGAUCGUUUUGAGCUUCCUUCUCACGGGUUACUGUCAAGGGUCCCCCCUUCCUCACAAAGAUGGAUUGCUCCAGUACCACGAGAACAUGACGUCGAUGUGGAUGGUCGACGACUACGGAAGACUCCGGCAGAUCCAGCUGACGGCCAAGCCUCAACACAGUCAACGGCCAUUAGUGAACGUACAAGACCACGUCUACUACUUCCUAUACACCAGGAAGUAUAAUAGCGCGUACCAACUGAUCAGGGGCGACACUACGCGGCUCAAGUAUUCCACUUUUAACCCUGAACGACCAACCAAAGUGGUAGUCCACGGUUUCUGGAGCAAUUACCAGAGUGAUGCUGUCCAAGUAAUACGUGAAGCCUAUCUGAACGCCGGAAGUGACGUGAACGUGAUAGGUGUCGACUGGAGCUAUCUAUCGGCUGGACCGUGGUACCUGGAGGCGGCAAGUAACACAGAGCCUGUCGGCCAACAGAUCGCUCUGAUGAUAGAUUUCCUGGUGUCCACGACCGGCGUUGACGUGUCCAACAUUCACCUGCUGGGUCACAGUCUCGGCGCGCACGUCUCUGCGUUCGCAGCCAAUAAAGUGACGUCUGGAAGGAUAACGAGGAUUACAGGAUUAGACCCGGCAUUGCCGCUGUUCUCCAGUAGACCUCCUGAGAGUCGCCUCGACCCCACGGACGCCGACCUGGUCGACUGCAUCCACACCUGUGGCGGAUACUUGGGCUUUUGGCAACCUUUGUGCUCCCUGGACUUCUAUCCGAAUGGUGGCACCGCCUCACAACCCGGCUGCCAUUGGGAUCUCUUAGGGGCUUGCAGCCACGGGAGGUCGUACAGGUACUACUCGGUGUCUGUUACCUCGCAGUUCGUCGCCCGAGCCUGCGCCUCUCUGGACGAGGUACAGCGAGGUCGUUGUAGCGGUCACGUCGGCGUCAUGGGCGACCCUGCCCCCACCACGAAGCCGGGCUUGUACUACUUAGAGACUACAAGUGACUACCCAUAUACAGUAUAAAAACCUAAACCUUUUCAUUACAUUUGUGAUGUUUAUUGAAAAUAUUUCAAAUGAUUCACGUUCUACGAUAGAAUCUAAUGUGGUUGUAAUCCUAACCAUGCAUAUUAUCAUGUAUAUAAUAUUUUACUUUUGUAUUAAACAUGUAUAUUGACUAA